AUGGAGGGAAACGGCCAGAAGACGGACGGCACGGAUAAUGCCCACAUUAGACCCGUAUCCUCCCUGCUUUCGCAUUUCGAGAACCUGUCGCAUCGCCGAGCCCCGUCCGCCGCAACGAAUGGCACACGCGACACCCCUUCCUUUCUCAGGACUCUUGAACCGGGCGAAGACGUCCGCUCUUCUGCACGAGCCUCUCUCGAUUUGUCGCGCUCACAUACACCAUGGGAAUCAACGCCGGAGCUGAAUAGAGGAACGGGGUCUUUGCAUGGCAGCAUCCCACCGCGACCCGGCCGUACCCCCGGAGUUUCUCCUGGACGGCGGCAGGAUAGGCCUAUGUCUCUGAGCUUGCGUUCCUCGCCGCAGCUCCCACCAACCUUGACGGUCGACUCUCCUCGAUCGCCUCCUCGGGGAUUCGGAUCGCUGGGUGAGCAUGAGGAGCAUGCACGGUUCUCCCGCAGUCCGCCCGGCGCAUCCAGAGAGUCUUUGGCGACAAUCCCGCAGGGAGGCCGUCCGACGACCCCCGUCACAUCGCGCUUUCCUGCCGAAUCCAAACCAGGGCGCCUUUCUCCGACACCGACGGAGGUAUUAACCAGUGGCCGCGAAAGCCCGCAAGACCGUCAGGGGAAAAGCGCAUCUCUUCCACCGCCAGUGAAUCGGGUAGAGAAGCCCAAGAUCCCCGUCAAACCGGCCGCUUUGUCUCACCACGAUGGAGGCUCCCUCGUUGCUCCGCAGCCAGAGCGGGCGUCCGCGGAGGACCGAAUUUCGCCGUUCAGUACACCCCCAAGCAGCCCCGAGAAAGAUUCUCCCAGGAAUAAUUCUGCUACUGCGAGAGGCGCGCCGUUUAGGCGCUCCCCUUCUCACCGGUCACCCUCCCAGCCACCAGCAGAGCCUCCGCGCCAUCGCUUCGAAGAGCGAACCUCUACACCUCAGCUUCCUCUAUUUCGGGAGCCUGCAUUCACACAGCGGCACUCGGUCCCGGAGCCUCCGCGCGAGACCAGGCCCCUGUCUGUGCAAAUUCCUCCCAGACCGUCGCUUCCCGCAGAACCUCUCUCAGCCGUGCCGCUCUCUGCAAACCGGCUAACGAUGCAUGACGCAUUGCCAGAUCGUCCAGGAUUGCCUCCGCGGCAGCCAUCAAUUGCGCGAAGGGGCGGCCCGUCACCGUCGCGAUUGUCCUACCAACGAGAAAGUUCCGCGCAAUCCAUUCCGCCGCCGACUCCGCAGCGGGAGUCCAGGUACUUGGACAGCCCAGCAUUCUCCAUGCCGCCUCCGACGCCUAUCCGGGAGUCGCGGCAACCACGUCGGGAUGAACCUCCGACUUCGACGACAAUCCAGCGCCAUCCGUCAAUCGCUCGAGAGAGCAGGCAGCUGCCGCCUCCGGCUGUUCCGGAACGACCGGCGGUGGAGCGUCCAGUUGUGGAGCGACCGGUGGUCGAAAGACAAGCAGUGCGUGUCCAUAGCGAAGACGAGCAGAAUCUCGAUCACGUUCCCGUUUCGCGUAACGAUUAUCCCGAUGCGUCAACUGCCAACAGACGACCGCCCCUUCUCAAGUCGGGCCCGCUGGAGAUCAACACAAGGUAUGAUACGCGCCUCAUGGAUGUGUGCGGAAAGCACGUGUGCACCACGGGGUAUAUCACGCGGGUAUGGGAUCUUACAACCGGAGAACAACUCAUGAGUCUGAGUCAUGGCGAAACAGUCAAGAGCCUGUCGCUGGCCUUUAAACCCGGCGUUGGGUUGGAAGAUGAAGGCCAGCGCGUAUGGCUCGGUACGAAUUCUGGUGAGUUGCAUGAAGUGGAUGUUGCAACCGGCUCAAUAGUAGCAUCACGCUCGUAUCCUUCCCGAAAAGAGGUCAUCAAGAUUCUCCGUCACAAGAAGGAAAUGUGGACCCUUGAUGACGAGGGUCGGUUACUGGUGUGGCCGCCGGAUGAGAACGGCACUCCCAACCUUCAGUACAGUUACCACAAUCCGUAUGACCGGGUCGCCCGCGGGCACACUUUCUCCAUGGUAGUAGGCGAUAAGCUCUGGUUGGCUGCGGGCAAAGAAGUCCAUGUCUACAGACCCAAUGCGCGGGAUGAUGUUUCCUUCAAGGUACUCAACAGGCCGCUGGGCGCGCAUCACACUGGCGAUGUUACGUCUGGCGCAUAUACUACACGAGACGGCGGCUUGGUCUAUCUCGGCCAUUCGGACGGCAAAGUGACUGUUUAUUCUGCCAAGGACUAUGCGUGUCUGGCGGUGGUCAAUGUUAGUGUUUACAAGAUCAAUUGUCUGGGAAUUGUUGGGGACUACCUGUGGGCGGCGUACAAAACCGGCAUGAUCUACGUUUACGAUACGAGCACGAAUCCUUGGACUGUGAAGAAGGACUGGCGAGCCCAUGACAGCCCUGUUAGCGGGUUCUUGUUGGAUUCCAGCAGUGUGUGGACGAUGAACCGACUUCAGGUGACCUCAUUGGGCGACGACAAUUGCAUUCGACUCUGGGAUGGAAUGCUGGAGGAUGACUGGCUAGAAACCCGGAUGCAGAACAGAGAUGUUGAGUUUUGCAGCUUCCGCGAGAUCAAUGCUGCCGUCAUUACUUGGAAUGCAGGUGCUUCGACUCCCGGCAGUGUGCGGACGUCGUCGUUCAUUCCAGAUGCUAUCCACCCAGAGAACCCCCCUGAGAUUAUCGUCUUUGGCUUCCAGGAGCUAGUAGAUCUGGAAAAUAAGAAGAUCACUGCCAAGAGUCUUCUUCUGGGCAGCAAGAAGAAAGACAGCGGAGACAAGGAGCAUAUGAGUCGGCAGUAUCGGGUGUGGAUGGAGCAUUUGACACGCUGCAUCAACGACUGCAUGCCGCUGGAGGAGUCUUAUGUGCUUCUGCAUAGUGCGAAUAUGAUCGGACUCUUUACCUGCGUGUUCGUCAAACACACAGAGCGGCAGAGAAUUACCGACAUCAGCGCCUCUGAGAUCAAACGCGGUAUGGGAGGUUUGCACGGCAACAAGGGUGCUCUUCUCUUCCGCUUCACUCUGGAUGACAGCUCGAUCUGCUUGGUCAACUGUCACCUGGCAGCCGGACAGACGCAAACAGCACACCGCAACAAUGACAUCGCGGCGAUUCUUGAAGCGGAGUCGCUUCCCGCCGAGCCGAGCCUCUCGACUCGUGCGAACCGGUACGUGAGUGGCGGCGACGGGUCGAUGAUCAUGGACCACGAGAUUUGUAUCUUGAACGGUGAUUUGAAUUACCGGAUUGACGCGAUUCCUCGCAAUGUGAUCAUCGACGCGAUCCGCAGCAACAACCUCACGAAGCUGCUCGAACGCGACCAGCUGCUCGCCUCGCGGCGCAAGAAUCCUGGUUUCCGCCUACGGUCCUUCAACGAGUCUCCAAUCACCUUUGCACCGACCUACAAGUACGACGUCGGCACGGACGAGUACGACUCGAGCGACAAGAAGCGGGCCCCGGCCUGGUGUGACCGGGUAUUGUAUCGUGGCCUCGGCCGGGUGCGGCAGCUCGAGUACCGUCGCCACGAGGUGCGGGCGUCCGACCAUCGGCCUGUCAGCGCUGCUUUCAAGCUACGCAUCAAGACCGUGCUGCCCAAGGAGCGCGAAGCUAUAUGGGAUGCAUGCCAGCAAGAGUUUUCCCGAGAGAAACGUCGACUUGCCUCCGAGGCGAGUAUCGAAUACCUCAUCACGGUCCUAGGCACCGACCCACAGCAGGCUCGGUCGUUGAUCAUGGGCAACGGGAAUUAG